UCAUACGAAUCCUCUCUUUUAGCACAGCCAUCGCGUUAGGCUAAGCUCUUUCCGACCUCUCUUCCUCUACCUCGUCGCUACCCCGACCUAGCGAGAGCUGCGACGACGUCUCUGCCAGCAUGAACCGGGAGAAGCUCAUGAAGAUGGCUGGUGCCGUGCGCACUGGCGGAAAGGGCAGCGUCAGAAGAAAGCAUAAAGCGGCCCACAAAACUACCACUACCGAUGACAAGAGGUUGCAAAACACUCUGAAGAGACUUGGUGUAAAUACUAUUCCUGGCAUUGAGGAGGUUAACAUCUUCAAGGACGAAACUGUUAUCCACUUCGUCAACCCCAAGGUGCAAGCUUCUAUCGCCGCCAACACUUGGGUCGUUAGUGGACCAUCAUCGACUAAGAAGCUUGAGGAUCUUUUACCCAGCAUCAUCAACCAGCUCGGCCCUGACAACUUGGUGAAUCUGAAGAAGAUCGCUCAGCAGUUCCAGAAGCAAGCAGCUUCCAGCGCUGCAGAGGAAGAUGAUGAUGUUCCUGAACUUGUAGAGGGAGAGACUUUUGAGGAUGCUGCCAAGCAGGAAUCUGUAACUGCCUAGGGUGAUUCUGUAUGUGCUUUUGCAAAAUAUUGGUAUUGACGUGGUUACACUUGUUUCUUUUGAGCACUCUCUGAGAUGUUGAAGCGAUUUUCAACCUGUCGCUUGCCUUGCUUUUGUACAGUUGAACUCGAAGAGCAUGAGAGCAUUAAUGCCA